UGAAAGCGGCACCAGUGCCACCCCGACAGGAGACAGCUGGCACUGGUGCUGACCCGGUUUUUCUUUUCUUUUUCUUUUUCUUUUUCUUUUUUUUGCUGGGUAAAGGGGUUGGAGAGAACCUCACUGACCCGGAGCAGUCCUCUUUCUGUGAGUUCACGAGGCUGCGGAGCUGCAGCGGGGACUUCGGCGUGGACGAACUUGGGCUGCAGAGACGGGAUGAGAGCUUUAAACGUUUAGUUCGAUUUAGCAGCGAGUUAAAGGCGCCUGUGCUCCGUCUGGUGUGAGAGAGAUGUCCAUGCAGGGCUCUGUGCUCGCGGUGGGGAAGUGUCUCGCCUGUCUGGAGUUUAUGCUGUUCCCGGUGUGGCGGGGGAUCGGGGCGGGUAGUGGCGUCGGAGCCGGGUGGAGCCAGGGCUGGGGCCGCUGCUUGAGAUGGGAGUCGGACGGUCCGGACCGAGGGCCCCGGGUCGCGGUGUUUGACUACCCGGUGUGGUUGGUCAUCUGCCGCGGGGGGCGCGCCCGGCUCAGGGAGGUCUGUCAGAGGGGGAGAGGCGUCAUCAGGCUGCCCACAGACAUGCUCAGCAUCAAGCUUCCACAGCUCUUCAACAUCCACCAGGUCCCCAAGGUGUUCAGGGAGGACAGCAUCAUCUCUGGGUACCGUCACCCCCGGAGCUCGGCGCUGGACUGCGUCCUCAGCAGCUUCCAGAUGAACAACGAGACCAUCAACAUCUGGACGCACUUCCUGCCGACGUGGUACUUCCUGUGGCGUUUCUGCGUCCUCUGCUCCAGCCUGAACUUCCUCACCGACAGCUACACCUGGCCCCUGCUGGUGUACAUGCUGCUCAUCUGCAUCUACCCCUUCACCUCCAGCUGCGCCCACACCUUCAGCACCAUGUCCCCAGAGUCCCGCCACAUCUGCUACUUCUUCGACUACGGCGCGCUCAGCCUCUACAGCCUCGGAUGUGCCAUAAGCUACGGACACUAUGUGAUACCGGACUCCUGGGUGAACAGCUGGCUCCACCAGCAUUUUGUUCCCAUCGCCAUCGGAAACACUCUGUUCUGCACCAGCCUGUCCUGCUACUCCAGGUUCCUGGAGCUGCAGUUCCCUCAGAGAAGUAAAGCCCUGCGCACGGGAGCGUUCAUCGUCCCGUUCAUAUUCGACACCAUCCCUCUGUUCUACCGGGUCCUCCUGUGCUGCGGGGGGAGCUGCAGUCCACACGACGCCUUGUCCAGCCACUGUUACCACCUCCUCUUCGCCUUCCUCACCUGUUUCCUGUUCACUGCCCACCUCCCGGAGAGGCUGGCCCCGGGACGCUUCGACUACUUCGGCCACAGCCACCAGCUGUUCCACGUCAGCGCCGUGGUGGGGACCCACUUCCAGAUGGAGGGCGUGAUGUCGGACAUGGUGUCGCGGAGGGCGUGGCUCCUGUCCCACGGGGCGGCGCCGUCCUUCCUGGGCACCAUCGGGGCUCUGUUCGCCAGCCUCGCCCUCAACCUGGGCAUCAUCGCCAUCUUCAGCGCCCCGCUGCUGUGGAAGCCGCCACCACCGCCGCCGCCGCACGGCUCCGGCCGCGAGCGCAAGGAGCAGUGACGGUGGGAGGGAAGGUCCGGGCCACUAACAGCUCCCGCCAGCUUAACACCCACACGUUAGACUCCACGUUCACGUAACAGCGUUCGUCUCCUGGAGGCUUCGGGGCUGAGGACCCAGACGCGAACAUUUCACGGCUUCGUGCUGCGUCUCUGGGUUGAAGGAAGCCUGCAGCCGCCUCAUGGGAGAUUUCAUUCAAACAGGUUAAAAACUGGAAACGUUUGCAGGGAAUAUUUUUUUUUUUUUUUAUAUAUACAAAUGAUUUUUUAGGGCCAUUAUUCCUGAUAAUGUUCUGCACAUGGACUCGCUGGUUUGUUCUGUGCAUAGCGCAGCAUGGAUAACUCUACAUAAUAUAAUGCAGAUUGGAUUGCCGCUCUUAUACAUCCACCUAUUGAUUCCAGCGCUGCACCGACUGGAAUUGAUUUGCAGACCAGUGUGGUUCUUUUUUUUUUUUUUUUUUUUCCUGAUUGCCUGCCUUAUUAUUACAAACCCAACAAUCUGCCCUCAACAGGGGGAGGAAGCAAAAAAAAAAGUUCAUGUUCAGUGGUGAUUAAAAGACAGGUACCAUUUUUAUAACGCCGCGUUUCCACGGCAACGCUAUAGCGGCCUCACGCCGAAGGUCCUCGACAAUUUUUAAUGUUCCGAGCAAAUGGUGCCAUUUUCUCUCAUCUUCCACUUAAAACCCACAAACGAAAAUGGAAAAUAAAAAUCCGAGGUGGACGUUUGUGUGUUUCCAGUCCGGUGAAAUUAGUGGUUUUUAUAAAAUGAAAACUCAAAGAGAGGAGGAAAAAAAAAGUGCAUGUAGGGGUAGUUUUUUUUUUUUUCUCCAGUAUUUCGGUGCAUAUAUGGGACUAUUAACAAACCUUAUUCUACUCUGGGUGAAUUAUCUCGUCGCCCCAUGUGAGUUGUUUACAUUUAUUUACGACUGAAUAAUAUCUGUCCUGUCUAUUUAUAGAAACGUGUAUUUAUUGCAGCAUUAACAGAAAUGAAGUGUUUUUCUUUAUGUGGUGGGGGGGGCACGUUUAAGAAAAAAAACCCAUCUUAUCAAGUUACUUUUGAUCAUUAUUGACAUUAAAGCAACUAAAAAGAUCAUGUUUUUUGUAAAUAUAUCUUAAAUUUCCAAACCAUUUGAUUUCAGACCCAAAUUAAAAUCACCCUCAGUUUAGAGGAGUGUGUUAUUAAGUUUUCAUCCACUAAUCGUAUUAGUUUUUCUGUUAAAAAAAGUCAGAUUUGUUUAAAUUUCUUUAUUCUGCAGCACAAAAUUAUUGUUUCAUUCAAUUCUAUUCAGUUUAGAGGCAUUUCUGACUAAAACAACAAACUAAAACAGGUUUUAUUAGUGAAUAAUCAUCUUAGAAGCUCAAAGUUUUCAGCUACUCGUCACGUUUAUUAUAAAAUAACCUGAAGAUUAAUAACUAAUAAUGGCAGCCGUGCUAUGUGACAUUUUUCUUUCGGAGAAAUUGAACAAAACUGACUUGAUAAGAUGGAAAUCAUCAGUAACCGGACUCAUCUCACUCCUGGAGCUGGAGGAGGCUCAGAAUAAUCCUCCUAAUAAUCAGUUUACUUGACAAAAAAAAAAAAAAAAAAAACGGUAGAAGUGAAGCACUUUGCGGCGCAGAUUUAACUCGACCUGUUAGACGCUCACGGCUAAAUCACGAUUAACCUGAGGGGGGGUAGAGGGGUUCGUGAGAGGGGAGACGUACGUGACACUGUGGGAAUGAGGGGGAGCUACAGCUACAGGUAGAAAGUACAAACGUUGGACACAAAGUGAAUGUGUAGAAUCACACAGAGCGCACACACACACACACACACACACACAGAUUUGUAUUAGAGCACUUCUUGUUUAAGAUGUUUUCAAGGUCGAUGUGCAGAGAAUAAAAAAGUCCCAUCGUGCUUUUUUCCAGUGUUGGGCCUGAGUGGUUCUGUCUUAUCUCUGCGCCGCCCGAGGAGCACGAGGAUCGAUUUUUAUUUCUUCCAGCGUUCCUCCGUUAUGAACGCGUCGAUUCUUGGAAUUGCAUCUGCACCGUUUUCCAGAUGUGCUUCUGUUUUCUGUUUGUCUGUGGUUUUUACGCCAAAAUACUUUUUUUUUUUUUAAACUUCCAAGCAAAAGAAACUCUCCAGACCAGAUCACUGUAAAUGUCACCGGCUGUAAUUAUCAGGAAAACUUCAUUUUUUUUAUUUAUUUUUUUUUUUACAAAUGCAGCGUGUUGAAGGAUGUUGGAUCAUGUGGAACAGACGAGAAGACGAGAUCGGGAAAAACUUGACACAACAAAGAGUCCAUUAGGGGGGAAAUAAAAUGUAAUUGGUGCCUUUUUUUUUAACGUUUUAUACAACUUUUCUUUUAUUAAAAUGCUCUGUUUGAAAAAAAAGAAAAAGAAACUACUCUUAUAAUGUAUAAACACGUGUUUGUUCUGUGCUUUGUCUUUUGUAAUUUGUUCUACUAGACCUGUGUAAUAAAUGAAGCUUUUUAUAAAUGUAA